AUUGCUGUUGUCAUUUACGAUUUACCAUACCAGUCACAGACAAGUCCACACGUGGUCUUUAUCUGUGCCAAAGUCUUGCUCUUGUCGUUCAUCCAGUAACACGUGAAUGUAACUGUCUGUAAGUCGCAGAAGCGAAAAUGUCUACUACAUUUUGUGAAAAAUCAGCGAGUGAAAGCAUUCAACACACAAUGACCUCGAAGGAAAAAGAGGGUCUAACAGCGAAGGAUUUUUAUGAGGGCCUGAAAUCAUGUCUUAACAAUUCUGAAAAGACAUAUAAGGAAAAAAUUUAUGCAGUCAGUACUGCUUGGGAAACAUUAGCUUCCUCUAAUGAUCAGUCUUCACCUGCAAUUCGGUAUUUAUACAGGGAUACUAUUAUGCUUGUUUUACAAUCUGAAUGGGGAAAACUUAAAUCUGUCAGCAAAACCCAUUUAAAGGUCACCCUUCAAAACGCAGUGGCGAAUUUGUUCAAUACGCAUGCUUGUAACCUGUGCCAACGAGCAUUACGUGUUGUAACCGACCCAUGGAAUCACCCGGUGGUGAUCAAAAUUAUCAAUGACUUGCCCAUCGGCGAGUUUGAAGGUCGCGAUUUUUUCCUGACAGAAAUGCCGAUUUUAUUAACUUCUCGGCUAGACAGGUUAUGCUGGGAAGAUAAGUGUAAAGACCUUGCACUAAAGUUAGUUACUUUUUGUAGAAAAAGUUUCCAGGAUUCGCGAUGUUUGCUGGAGCCUGUCUGUUCAUUGGUUUGCCAGCAGCUUUGGCUAGAUUUACAUGUGACUCUUCUUUACAUUUGCAACGAAAAAGAUGAUUUUGUAGUUAUGUUAGAACGCCAUUUUCCGGAAGGCUAUGGCUUAGUUAAUCGGCUUAUUAGGAGAACGUCGGAAAGUUAUGGGAAAAGCAAAGAAAAUAGUGGUAUUAACCGAAUCUGGAGAGAGCAUGGUAAAGACACUGCUGAGUUUGCUAGUCAGUGUCUAAUCAGCACCGCCUUGAUCGUAUGCCCACCACCAAACAGCCUCUCGUCAUUAGCUAUCCAAUUCGUAAAUCUGCAGAAAGCGACUGGGAAAUCCAAUCAAGAUAUUACAACCAAAUUGCACAAGUUGAUAAGCAACAAUCAAGGGAAGAAAAUAGUGACACCUGCUCAUUUGUACGUCCUCGGCGCAACUCUGUCUGACACGUUUCCGGAUGACUUCAGAGCAUUUGGUGUCGAACUUUACAUCAAAGCGGUGGCUGCUGAUCUCAACAACCUCGAAAGCCAAAAGUUAAAUCAAAACGGAGAAGAAAUCAAAAUUGCAGAGAUAGGUUUGGCUGUAGCAUUUUCCAAACUUGCCGAGUUCGUGCGUGCUAACUUGAGAAUCUGCAGAGAAAUUGCUUUGACAGCUUUCUCACUUCACCCUACGAAGGAGCGGUUCAAUAAGCUGGUAGAACUGGUACUUGAACAAGUCGCCAAAGAAAAGUCGGAAUCUGCCAUCAGAGAAGAAGGUCCAAGUACUUUAAUAAAGAGCCCCUGUGGAAUAGUUGAAAAGGAGAUCAAAAUCGCAAGCAACUUUCCCCUAGAGAAGGAAACCCAAUUACCCUAUUCGGAUUCGGAUGCCACUGCAUUGGGUCUUUCGGAACCCGUUAUCCGUGACCUCGCUAGUAUAGUGCACAGUGUUCGGUGGGACGUUCUAACCUGGAAAAAUGGAUGGAAAGAAUUGGAACCCCUCUGUCGGCGGUACAUGGUUGAUCAGGAGAAUAUGCGUUCCGUUACGAAAGAACUGCUUUUUCUAAAAGUCGACUACAAUCAGUUUAAAGACAUGCCUCGGCAGGAACGCGACGAGAAUUGGGGUAUUGAAAAGGGCUAUGAAAAGUGUCUAGAAUCAAAGGCACGAUUCCGAAAGCAUUCCCGUUGCAAACGAAAAAUAAAACGAAAGCCUCAAUUUCGAACUAAAAUGGGACUAGUAGCAAGAAAGAAGUCACUCAAGUCUAGGUCUUUUUCACAUGGCCGACCGAAGCAAAAAAUCGUCACAAAGAGAAAGCUUUGGAUGCAUCAAGCGACCGAGUCAGCCGCAUCUUCUACUGCUGUAGAAAGUGAUGUCGACUCACAGGAAGGCAACACAACUCCUGAAAUCAGCAUGAUAUCAGGAGGUGUGAAGCGGUCUGCGAGAAUCAAAACCAAAAAGCUCCGGAAUGCCAGAUUACUUCAAGAAUCAACCUCCUUAGUGAAAAGAUUGCGUGAAAUCCGAUUGAAACCUGAAAAUAUGGAACUAUGGCCAGAUCUUUGUCUGGCUGCAGGAACUAGUCAAUCUACUCUUUGCGAUUUGGCAGAAGUGCCUAGGGAAAGCAAGCAGGAUUGUUCAGGAUCUGUAUAUGGAAACGAUACGAAUCACUUUGCUCCAAUGCUCAGUACACUGGAUCUACAACCCCGAGUCCUUCUAACAAGAAUUUCGAUCCCCAGCAAAAGUAACGAGCGUGCAGAGGCCUCGGGAAAUUACAUACCUUUUUGUGAUUCCGAUAUUGAUGAAUUUCAUUCGCCUGCAGGAACUACGGUAACAAACAAUACAAAUCAAAAUUCUGUCAAGGAGAUUGAAAAUUCCGUCGCAAAUAUGAUGGAAUUAAAAAGUUUUACUGAAAACGUUUUUCAAGAAAGGUACAACGAGUUGUCCUGUAGUACACCUCGAAUUGAUAGCCUCAACGGAAAGGGUACCGAGGCCAGGGGCACCGUGCAAGAGCAAGAAGAGCCUUCAUCAAGUACUUUUAAUUCACUCUUAUCUUUGCAUGAUGACUUCGGCGAUUCAGCACGUUCCACUGGUGAUAUCCAUUCAACGCCAUUCACAAGCUUUCCUGAUUUUGCUACGUGUUAUCCAGAUCCACUGCUUCUGUCCUCGCCUUCGUUAGUUAGCUUUUCUCUAUCUCCCUUUCAGUCGGAGGGCGAUAGUUGCGGUGACGUUUUACAGCUUGAUACAGCCGAAUUGGCUUCCGUAGAUCAUCAGCUACGGAAACGUUCAAUCAAUUCAUCGUCUUCUGAUUGCCAGGAUGAUCUCUCGUUUCUCACGCCCUUGCCUAUCUCCGCAAAUUUUCCCAGCGAAGAUGACAUGGAAGCUUGCCCACCCCUGUUUCUACUGGACGUUCCACCAAGCGAGCAACAUCAAACGAGUGAGGAAUCGCAUCCGGUACCAGAAAAGCGUCUCAAACUGGACUCGACGGCCAGCGAAAGUGAUGGUGCACCUGUGCUUCUGCCAUGUUCGCCUCGUCCGACCCAGCUACGCAAACAAAGGAAACGACAGUGGUGCCCAAAUUGUGGUUUUCCUAUAUCUGAUAGUAGCCGAAACAAAUGUGAGAAUCAGAAUGAGCCCAAGUCGUCUGCCGAACCUUUCUUACCAAAUAAACCUUCUGGUAACCGUGAACAUCUUUUGGAAGACUGUAAAAAAAUUCAGAACUCCAAUCAAGGAAUUCUUGCUUGGAUAAAGUGGCUGCAGUUGGAAUUAAAUCAUGGGGAAUCGUGUAACAGUACAGUCGUUACUGAAUAUGGAAGGGCUCAGAAAGAAUCCAGUUCAAAUCUGCUUGAAGAUCUCAAUGUUCUUAUAGCCCAGCUGUGUGAAAAAUCUAAAGAGACUAAAGCCGCCUAUGGAAUGGCUUGUGAUUACCUUCAGUUGUACUUCAGGGCUCCAUUACCACCAGCGUCAAAUGAUAGAUCAUUAUCAAACCUGUUCGACUGGUUUCGACUUCUCAUUUUUCAACCAGAAGCCCUUUCGGAUCAAACAAAUAAAUCUUAUGUUAACGUCUUUGCGUUCCUAAUUUCAUUGUUAAGCGAAGAACAACCCAACCAUAGGAUAUGUAAUCGUCUUGACAUGCUUGAACACAACUUUGCGAGUACUGGACGGAGUAGCGAAGAGAAUAUUAGAGAAGAAAACAGUAAAUAAAUAUGCCAAUCACAUACUCAGCAAUCGAAGAAGCGAAAAUCUCAAGAAGAUCACAUAUCAGGCUCCACAAUUUGCAGAAGGAAUCAACGAAGAAAAACGAGAACCGAUGUGGUGAUGCCAAAAAUGGCAAGACAAAAAAUGAAAAUGGCUUAAAUUAAAUAGAGCAAUUGUAAAUUUAGAGUAAGUGCAAUUAAAGUGCCAAUCUGGGCUAUAUUUUUCUGUU